AUGUUUACCCGGGAGCAACGCUCCGGCAUCAAUCGGUUCGUAAUAAAGGAAACUAUCCCCAAACCCCAAUUCUUUUGCCCAGUUGCAUGUUUAGCUGCAAUUGGGCUUAAGAAGAAAGCAUUGCGCCAGAUUCCGGUAGUAGUGUAUGGAUCGGGAUCGGGGAAGAGUAUUCAGGCCACCGAGUUAGGAGAGUUUGUGGACGGUGAUAAGAUACGCGUCUUCCCUAAAUGCAGCCAUGGGUUCCAUGUCAAGUGCAUAGAUACAUGGCUGGUGGCACACUCGUUGUGCCCUACUUGCCGGCAUUCAUUGCUGGACCGCCCAACAACAUCUGAUGCAGAAGAUGCCGAUGAACGAGUUAGGCCGCCAGAAGAGAAUGCUGGUGACGUCUGCCGGAAAACCCUCCCACCUGCGGGAGAUCUGAUCCACGUCGGUGUAUUUGAUGUUGUCACCGUCGUUGUAUCCAAUACAUUGAAAUUCGAUGUGCGUGGUGUUGGCUAG